CCCAGGCAUCGGCCCCGCGCGUACCGCAGCGGGCCGGGCUCCCUCCCGGCGCCCUUCCCGCGGGGCCUCGGCGGGGCGGACACCCGCGCUCCCUCACCCCGCACCCCUCCACCCAGCUACGGCGGGGCACGGCGAGCCACGCCCAGGGGCGACGUCACGCGCGGCCCUUUGACGCAUGACGCGUCACGUUCGCGCCGCGGCCGGGCCUCCGCCUCCAGCUCCCGCUGGCGGAGCCGGGCUCGGAGCCGGCGGCGGCGGCGGCAUCAUGGCGGGCGCCCCGCAGGAGAACACGCUGCUGCACCUCUUCGCCGGGGGAUGCGGAGGAACAGUUGGUGCCAUCUUUACAUGUCCCUUAGAGGUAAUAAAGACUAGGCUCCAAUCUUCAAAGCUAGCCUUCCGGGCUGUCUACUACCCACAAGUCCAGCUGGGGACCAUCAGUGGCGAAGGAAUGGUCAGGCCCACAUCUGUAUCACCUGGGCUCUUCAGUGUUCUCAAGUCAAUUCUGGAAAAAGAAGGACCAAGGUCACUCUUCCGCGGGCUGGGUCCAAACUUGGUUGGAGUUGCACCAUCAAGAGCUGUCUAUUUUGCAUGCUACUCCAAAGCCAAAGAGCAAUUUAACGGCAUUUUUGUGCCCAACAGCAACAUUGUGCACAUCUGUUCUGCAGGUUCUGCAGCCUUUAUCACAAAUUCCCUGAUGAAUCCUAUAUGGAUGGUAAAAACCAGAAUGCAACUGGAACGGAAAGUCAGGGGUUCAAAACCAAUGAACGCUUUGCAGUGUGCUAGAUAUGUUUACCAGACAGAAGGUAUCCGUGGAUUUUAUAGGGGCCUGACCGCCUCCUAUGCUGGGAUUUCUGAGACCAUUAUCUGCUUUGCUAUUUAUGAAAGUUUAAAAAAGCACUUAAAGGAAGUCCAACUGCCUCCUUCUCCUCCUAAUGGGACCGAAAGGAACUCGACAAACUUCUUCGGACUGAUGUUUGCUGCUGCUGUUUCCAAGGGCUGUGCCUCUUGUAUUGCUUAUCCACACGAGGUCAUACGGACUCGGCUGCGAGAAGAAGGCACUAAAUACAAGACUUUCAUUCAGACAGCACGUCUGGUAGCACGCGAAGAAGGUUAUCUCGCCUUCUAUAGAGGACUUUUUGCCCAACUUAUCCGGCAGAUACCAAACACAGCCAUUGUGUUGUCCACCUACGAGUUAAUUGUGUAUCUCUUAGAAGACCAUGCAAAGUAGCAGAGCCAAGACUCCUGUUAGAGACUGUAGACCAAUUUCUUUGUUGAACAAGUAGUUCUUUGAGACUGAUGCAGCUGGCAGUGCUGGUGGGAAAGCUACAAGUCUGUGACCACCUGCUGGAUAUUAUUUCCUUUUGGAUUCAUGCUUUCUGAAAGGUCUCAAGUCAUUAAUAGUUAAUUAUAACUUUUUUUUUUAACUUAAUGAUAAUUAAACUGCUACUAAAUUAAAUGACACUAUUUAAUUUAAGUAUACGUUUGUCCUUUUCCUUAAGCACAGCCAUAUGUGGUCAAGGAAUGUACCUCAUACUAUCUAGUGAUCUCUUGGACUGAUGUUCAUUAAAACUGUAUUAAAACAGAAGAAGAACUGGUUUGGAAA